AUGCGGAACUUACACAGGCAUCUUAUUCUUGCAAUACUACUACAGAUUUCCCUAUGUGACCAACUCCCAUCAUCGACUGAUAUAAGUGUGGUGACCAGCACGAGUAGAACGGGAAACAGAAAUAAAACGAAAGUCACCAUCGCCAGUAGUCACCAUUCCUUAGAAUCACCCCUACUUCUGGAACCCUUGGCACCAUCUGCCCAUAGGGAUCCUGAAGGAUUGAUAAAAGAAAGUGUCAUCAUCAGUGAUGAUAACAGGAUCGCCCAUACUGGGAUUGGGACCUUGGCUGAUGCCUUGGCUGAACCUGCUAUCAAAAGUGUGGUAGAUCAGAUUUCCCUAUGUGACCAACUCCCAUCAUCGACCGACAUAAGUGUGGUGACCAGCACGAGUAGAACUGGAAACAGAAAUAAAACGAAAGGAUCCGAAGGAUUGAUAAAGGAAAGUGUCAUCAUCAGUGAUGAUAACAGGAUUGCCCAUACUGGGAUUGGGACGUUGGCUGAUGCCUUGGCUGAACCUGCUAUCAAAAGUGUGGUGGAUCAGAUUUAUUCAAAAAGUGCAGGAGUGACCAUAAAUAAUAAUGACUCUGAAGAAACUUUGGUCGAAGAAAGCAGCGAUAGAGAUUCGAUUUAUUCAAAAAGUGCAGGAGUGACCAUAAACAAUAAUGAUUCUGAAGAAACUUUGGUCGAAGAAAGCAGCGAUAGAGAUUCGGUGGUUUUCCUCCCAGAGUCUCCAAACGCCUACAUCCCAGUGCCGCCCCUUCGAUCUCGGCCCAGGUCACAGCAGCAACAGCCGCCUACUGGAGUCGGAGCAGUAGCUGGAGCCGAUACUGGGAGCGGGAGUUCCUUAGAGCAACUUUGGAGGGCGCCGCCGCACGCUGCUGCCGUUGAGGGCUGGGAGAGGGAUUAUAGGCGGUAUCGGUUUAAUAAUACGAGGGUACAACAUAUCGAAGCAGAAUGUCAAGAUGAUUACAUGAAAAUUCGUGUAGGUUUCAAUGGAUCAUUCACUGGACUUUUAUACUCAGCCGGUUAUGCCUAUGAUCCUGAUUGUAUGUACAUAAAUGGCACAGGAAGAGACUACUACGAAUUUUAUAUCCAACUAAAUCGAUGUGGAACUUUAGGCAAAAAUACACAUCAUGAGGAUAACAGGAAAAAUCCUACGAAAAAUUUCAUGUGGAACACAGUGACGGUCCAGUACAAUCCUUUAAUUGAAGAAGAAUUUGAUGAACAUUUUAAAGUAACUUGCGAAUACGGUUAUGACUUCUGGAAAACUGUUACAUUUCCAUUUUUAGAUGUAGAGGUAGCUACUGGAAAUCCAGUAGUUUUCACUUUAUCGCCUCCAGAAUGUUAUAUGGAAAUCAGGAGCGGUUAUGGAACUACAGGGGCUCGUGUUGCAGGGCCGGUUAGGGUCGGGGACCCUCUCACUUUAAUUAUUUAUAUGAGAAGCAAAUAUGAUGGUUUUGAUUUGGUCGUCAACGAUUGCUACGCCCACAAUGGAGCUAAUAAAAGAAUUCAAAUGAUAGAUGAACAUGGUUGUCCAGUAGAUGACAAACUUAUAUCAAGGUUCAGAGGAUCUUGGUCUGAUAGUGGUGUGUUUGAAACACAGGUCUUUGCCUAUAUGAAAACUUUUAGGUUUACCGGUUCUCCAGCUCUUUAUAUAGAAUGUGAUGUUAGAAUGUGCCAUGGUCGAUGUCCGACUCAGCCCUGUCACUGGAGAAACACCAAAAUUCUGCAAAAACGUUCCCUCAUCGAUGGUAAUGGUGGUGAUGGCACCAGCAAGGACAAUAGUAAUAAAUUAUCAGAAAACAUCAGCCUUUUCCAAGCACUUCGAGUCCUGCAAGAAGGCGAAGGAGAAACUGAUGAUGACCAGAGCACUAGAGACGGGUCGAAUUCUUCGACUCCAGCCCCCAACCAGACAUGUGUAAGGACGUCGGUCCUGAGUGCAGCCCUGGCGUCCCUCUGUGCCUGCUUCGGAGCAGUGACGGCCUGCCUCCUGGUGGCCUGCGCCAAAUUGAGGAGCAAAUCAGGAGCUGGUGGAGGAGGAACGGGAAAACGGUACGGAGGCGAGAGCGGAGGCAACGGGUAUAUGAAUCAUAAGGGACAGAUUGAUUAA